AUGACAAAAUGGAAUAUCAACAUCCGAACGCUGUUUACGACAACCAAGGCUCGGUCCCCUGAUUCUGCCCAGCUUAUCAAGGUCAUACCGGAAGCCAACUCCGGCUCCGCCGAGAUCUGUCGCUUGCAGCGGGAUACGCUCGGAGGAGUUACUACAAUCUCAUUCCUGUUUCAGAAACGGCGCUUCAUCUUCUAUCCUGAACGUAAAUGCUUUGCACCUUUGUCGUACGUUCUGGAUGCGGAACCUAAGCCCGCUCUCAAGACUUUCCAGGACUGUGAAGGAUUGACAACGAAGGCUGAAAUCGAACGCGUACAGCAUCAUUAUGGAGAUAAUACGUUUGAUAUCCCCGUACCUGGGUUUAUUGAAUUGUGGCAAGAGCAUGCAGUAGCGCCCUUCUUCGUUUUCCAGAUUUUCUGUGUUGGAUUGUGGAUGUUGGAUGAGUACUGGUACUACUCCCUUUUUACCCUCUUCAUGCUUGUCAUGUUUGAGAGCACAGUUGUCUGGCAGCGACAGAGAACUCUGAACGAGUUCCGCGGCAUGAACAUUAAACCUUAUGACGUUUGGGUCUAUCGUGAGCGCAAGUGGCAGGAAAUCACCAGUGACAAAUUGCUCCCUGGUGACUUGAUGUCGGUUAACCGUACCAAGGAAGACGGGGGUGUUGCCUGCGAUAUUCUUCUCAUUGAGGGCAGUGUCAUUGUGAACGAAGCCAUGCUCUCUGGAGAAAGUACACCACUUCUUAAAGAAUCGGUUCAGCUUAGGCCUGGCGAUGAUCUGAUUGAGCCCGACGGACUGGAUAAAAAUGCGUUCGUUCACGGUGGUACCAAGGUUCUGCAGAUCACUCAUCCGAAUACCACAAACGGCGAUGAAUCGCAGCAGAAAACUUCGAAGGUCGGUGCUCCUCCUGACAAUGGAGCUGUUGGUGUUGUCGUGAAGACCGGCUUCGAAACUAGCCAAGGUAGCCUUGUUCGUACUAUGAUUUACUCUACGGAGCGUGUCUCUGCAAACAACGCAGAAGCUUUACUUUUCAUUCUUUUCCUGCUUAUUUUCGCCCUUGCUGCUUCUUGGUAUGUCUGGCAAGAAGGUGUUUCCAAGGACCGCAAGCGAUCGAAACUGCUUCUGGACUGUGUUCUUAUCAUCACAAGCGUUGUCCCCCCUGAACUUCCCAUGGAGCUGAGUCUCGCCGUCAACACCAGUUUGGCUGCGCUGAGCAAGUUCGCCAUCUUCUGCACCGAACCUUUCCGGAUUCCGUUUGCGGGCCGCGUUGAUGUCGCAUGUUUUGAUAAGACCGGGACUCUGACGGGCGAAGACUUAGUCGUCGAUGGCGUUGCAGGUCUGGCUCUCGGACAGCCUGGCGCAAAGGUCGAAAAGGAUGGUGCACAUACAGAACUCAGCAAGGGCAGCAGUAUUCCAGUUGAUACUACACUUGUUCUUGCCAGCGCUCAUGCUCUGGUCAAACUGGAUGAAGGCGAAGUAGUCGGCGACCCGAUGGAAAAGGCAACCCUUCAAUGGCUUGGCUGGACUUUGGGCAAGAAUGAUGUACUCACAAGCAAAAGUGGAUUGGCGACGGGUGCUGCUCGCUCUCCUGAGUCAGUUCAGGUUAAGAGACGUUUCCAGUUCUCUUCUGCGUUAAAGCGACAGAGCACAAUCGCAACGGUUGUCAUUCAAGACCGUAAGACAUCCAAGAAGGUUAAGUCUACGUUCGUUGGAGUCAAGGGUGCACCAGAGACAAUUGAGACUAUGCUUGUCAACACUCCACCGAACUACGAGGAGACUUUCAAGUACUUCACUCGUAACGGUGCCCGUGUGCUUGCCCUUGCCUAUAAAUACCUUUCUUCCGAGGCUGAACUUUCCCAAGGACGGAUCAACAACUACACUAGGGAAGAGAUUGAGUCCGAGCUCAUUUUCGCCGGUUUCCUCGUUCUGCAAUGCCCCUUGAAGGACGACGCUAUAAAGGCAGUGCGCAUGCUCAACGAGAGCAGCCACCGAGUUGUCAUGAUUACUGGAGACAAUCCCCUCACUGCCGUUCACGUUGCCCGGCAGGUCGAAAUUGUGGACCGUGAAGUUCUUAUUCUUGACGCUCCUGAACAUGACACUUCGGGCACUAAAGUGGUUUGGCGAAGCAUUGAUGACAAGAUCAACAUUGAUGUCGAUCCUACGAAGCCCUUGGAUAAAGAGAUUCUAAAAACUAAGGACAUUUGUAUUACUGGUCACGCUCUUGCGAAGUUCAAGGAUCAGAAGGCUCUGCCAGAUCUUUUGCGCCAUACCUGGGUUUACGCUCGUGUCUCCCCGAAGCAGAAGGAGGAUAUCCUCCUUGGACUCAAGGAUGCCGGAUACACAACCUUGAUGUGCGGCGAUGGCACCAACGAUGUUGGUGCCCUUAAGCAAGCUCACGUCGGUGUCGCCCUAUUGAACGGCUCACCGGAGGAUCUGACCAGGAUUGCUGAACAUUAUCGCACGACCAAGAUGAAGGAGAUUUAUGAGAAACAGGUGAAUAUGAUGCAACGAUUCAACCAACCUCCGCCACCAGUCCCUGCACAGAUUGCUCAUCUCUACCCACCCGGCCCCGGCAAUCCUCACUACCAAAAAGCUAUGGAGAGAGAGGCAGCCAAGCGUGGCGCCAAAGAUGCUGCGAACCAGCCUGAAGCUAUCCCCACGAUUACAUCGCCCGGUGCACAAGCGCUACAACAAUCCAAUUUGACCCCUCAACAACAACGCCAGCAGCAAGCUCAACAGGCAGCUGCCGGAUUCGCCGACAAGCUUACCUCGACCAUGAUGGAGCAGGAGCUCGACGACAAUGAGCCUCCCACUAUCAAACUCGGAGACGCCUCCGUUGCUGCUCCAUUUACCAGUAAACUGGCGAAUGUCAUUGCCAUCCCCAAUAUCCUUCGCCAAGGCCGCUGCACCCUCGUUGCGACAAUUCAAAUGUAUAAGAUUCUGGCUUUGAACUGUCUGAUCAGCGCCUACAGUCUAAGUGUUAUCUAUCUUGAUGGUAUUAAGUUCGGUGACGGUCAAGUCACUAUCAGUGGUAUGCUGAUGAGUGUCUGCUUCCUCUCAAUUUCCCGUGCCAAGUCUGUUGAGGGUCUGUCCAAGGAACGCCCACAGCCAAACAUUUUCAACGUCUACAUCAUUGGCUCUGUUCUUGGACAAUUUGCUAUCCAUAUCGCGACUUUGAUCUACCUGUCCAACUAUGUGUACAGCAUUGAACCACGGGACACUGAUGUCGACCUGGAGGGCGAGUUUGAACCAUCACUCCUCAACAGUGCUAUCUACCUUCUUCAGCUCAUCCAGCAAAUUUCCACAUUCUCCAUCAACUAUCAGGGUCGUCCGUUCAGAGAAUCCAUUCGCGAGAACAAAGCCAUGUACUGGGGAUUGGUUGCCGCAUCCGGUGUUGCAUUCUCUUGCGCAACUGAAUUUGUUCCGGAGCUAAAUGAGAAACUCCGUCUCGUCCCCUUCAGCAACGAGUUCAAGGUCACUUUGACAGUCUUGAUGGCUCUUGACUAUGCUGGUUGUUGGGUGAUUGAGAACGUGCUCAAAAGACUCUUCAGCGACUUCCGCCCCAAGGAUAUCGCUGUGCGCCGCCCAGACCAGCUCCAGCGAGAAGCUGAACGCAAGAACAAGGAGGCUCUAGAAAAGGCCUCGACAAACGGGCAGCCAAGGGUUGCUUAGUAUUCUUCUCGAGAGUUUGCUUCGGAAUAGGGGUAGAGAUUAGAUAUUU